AUGCGUCCCUCGUCGACGAGCAGCGGCACUGGUCGUAUGUACCAGGUCCUUUUUGGACAGCAGUCGCAUCUGUACUACCUUUGUCUAUCCGUUAAUCCAUAUCGGUCGAUUGCCGUUCUCGACCACAACCUGCGGCCGAUUCGUCGCAUAGACGUGAAGGAUGUCUUAAGCUUCCAGCGCCGCGUUCUUAGCAAUGACCCUAGCCAUCAUUCGGGGUCGGUCACCCAUAGUGAUGUGAGUUUAUGUCGGCAUUGUCUGCAACUUGUACAGGUAUUCGAAUUGCAGUUGUCUUCCGACAAAGGGGGGUGGCUGCGAUUUGGGCUGCCGACAACGGAGGAGUGCGACCAGUUGUGUAGCAGCGUCCAACUCCAUUUCGGCGUCCCUGUGUACAAUUACGGCAGCCUCAGCACCAACUUCCGAGCAUCGCUGGGCCCCAAGGCUGCUGCAUGCAGCAAUACGGUGGACAAAGGACCCAACUCAGUUUGCAAAAGCUAUCGCCUUGUCCGUGACGACUUUUACGCGUCAGCAGCUGGCGACUUCCUAACUCAAUUGGGGAUAACCUGUGGCGACAAUGAUCAGGGGCUGGGUGAUCCACCUGCCGAGUUCAGUACCGACUACCCUGUAAUAAUGGAGGGCCCCCUCGAGGCGGCCAGCUACGUCAGUUUUCGCAGCAUGCGUAAGCCUCAGAUGCAUCCAUUUUCCGUCUACCGUGCCGAAUGGUACCUGUCGACUCAUCGAGGUGACCCAGGCGAGUUCUACCCUGCAGCUUCGUGUAGUAACGACAUAUUUUACCUUAACGAUUGGACGAUCGGCCGCUACGUGCAGUUGCGGGUGUAUAAGGCAGUGGGCACGGGAGUCAACCGCAAGUUUGUUUUUACGACCGCCACUCGCGGCCCCGUCCGUUUCAGCAACGUCUUGGCUCACAACAUCCUCCUCAACGUUUCGAAGGACAAUGAAGCGCACAAUGUCCUCAUCUGCGCCAAGCAAUUCCGUGCGAUCGCCGCCCACCUCAAAAAGUUGCCCUUCGCUCCCACGGGUGGGACGGAUAACUUCGACAGACGGUUGUCUACUAAACUGUCGUUAAUGCAAAUAAAGUCAUCCGCACGAUCUCUUCAUCUGCCCGGAGACAGCGUGGAGGAGCUGAGCGGCGAGAAUGUGGAUAAUAAGGGGAUACGAGACUCAGUCACGGCCUCUAUGGAGACCGCUAUACAGCCCGCCGUGACGUAUGAGAGCACCGGCUCCUUUGGAAGCUACGCCGACGACAACUCAGACUUCUUGGGAGAGUUGGAAGGCAACGCUGGCACUGCGACCCCCCGCAGUGGCGCACCGCGUCCCACCGAGGACCCGGAACUGUUCCACACGAAGAGUCUCUUGAGCGCUGAUUCAGCAACAGUGCUGUGUGACAGUGACGGAGCGCGUGAUUCAGCUGCAUCAGCAUCUAGGGAUGCCUCGGACGCCGCGCAGCCUGGAGCCGAGGUCGGCGUCACCCUCGCCACAUGGCACCAACCCGUGACGCAGGAAACCGGAAAAGCUGAGGACCGCCCGGCGAAAAAGCAACAGCCUGCCACUGCCGACAGUGCUCCUACGGCGCCAAAGGCCAAGCCUCCCCCCAAGGUUGCCAAAGCAACGCCGCCCCCGAAGGCGGCCGCGGGGGGCGCCGCUAAGCCGCCGCCUGAGGCUCCUCGCAUGGGCAGGGUGCGCGGAUUUUUCAAGAAUAUCUUUGGCAAGGCGCGGCCGGACAAAGGCAGGAACGUGCCGGCCAAAGCCGUUGCGAAAAGCGUCAGCCCAGUUACGGCCAGCAAGGCCGAACCACUCGUCAAAGCCAAGCAGCAGGGCCUCCUACCACCGGGUCCGAACGCCGCGGCCGGACCCGCAACGCCCGGUCCAACCAAACCCGAUGAGGAUUUUGUCGAAGUACAGCUACAGUGCCGUUGUGCGGGACUCUAUCUCUGGAACGAUGAGGUCGAGCUGGAGCUCAAGUGGACGCGGAUAGACGUGCAGGAUUGCUACGAGCCUUCCCAGCAACCCGAGCCGUACCCCGACCCCGCCAGCUGCCUCGAGGUUACGCUAGCGUACAAGUGCAAGGGAGACUCGGAGCAGCGGCUGCUGCCGCUGACCAUCCGACUCUCCUCGCCCCAGCAGCGCUGCACGCUUUACCACGCGAUGCUGUUUAACAAGUAUCGCGGCCCGUUCUACUCCAUUGACCAGGGCGAGCGCGACCUGCAGCGAGGAUUGUAUUCCGACGUCAAGGACGCGUACGCGAAAAUUUGCAAGCACGUCGCCCGUCGUCUGGCUCGGGUGUCUAGCGCCUCCCCGCCCACGUGCGGCCCCUGA